UGGGAUUCUUCUUCACCUCUCUAAAUAGCUUGCUCGCUUGCCUCUCCAACACCCCAGGUGUCGCUGAUCCGUGCCCAUUCUUUCACUGCUUCUGUUGACACCUGGAGAGGCGGGGUGGUCUAACAAGCCUCAGAACAGGAUCCCAGAAGCAAGCACCCUCUCUAUCUCCGUCUCCCCGUCAAGGCAUCCCUUCCCAAAUGGUCCUCAUCUCGAAUCCUUAAGCAGAAAGCUCCAUAUCAUUCUGUGACCACUUUCCUGUGAUAAGAUCUUUCUGGGUAGGACCAUCGGGAUCACAGUAAGGAGGAUGGAUUAGAGUCCCUGAAGAUGGCUUCAGUCCUACCUGAUACAUGUUGGUGGGGAGGAAGAUGGCUGUGUGACCUCAAAGUGCAGCGAUACGGUUUUGGGGGAGUAAGAAGUAGGAGGAAGAGAAGGAGGCGUCUUGUCUGAAAAAGAAGGUGAAGCCCUACUGUGCUCCCAAAGGAACCGACUACAGCCACAGCAGGUUGCAGGGGCCUUUUGGGCUUUGGGGACCCUGGACCAGGCCCUGGCCCAGUAGGAUGCCCCCGUGUCCUCCCCAGCAGAGCAGGAACAGGGUGACACAGUUGCCCACUCUGGAGCUGGGCGAGAUGGAACUGACCUGGCAAGAGAUCAUGUCCAUCACUGAGCUGCAGGGACUAAAUGCUCCAAGUGAGACGUCGUUUGAGCCCCCUGCCCAGGCCCCAUACCCUGGACCCCCACCGCCUCCAACUUACUGCCCCUGCUCAAUCCACCCAGAUGCUGGCUUCUCCCUUCCUCCACCACCCUAUGAGCUCCCAGCACCCACAUCUCAUGUCCCAGACCCCUCAUACUCCUAUGGCAACAUGGCCAUACCAGUCUCCAAGCCACUGACUCUCUCCGGUCUGCUCAGUGAGCCCCUCUCAGAUCCUUUGGCUCUCCUGGACAUUGGGCUGCCAGGGGGGCCCCCCAAGCCUCAAGAAGACCCAGAAUCUGACUCAGGAUUAUCCCUCAACUAUAGCGAUGCUGAAUCUCUUGAGCUGGAGGGGACAGAGGCUGGCCGACGGCGCGGCGAGUAUGUAGAGAUGUACCCGGUGGAGUACCCCUACUCACUUAUGCCCAAUUCCUUAGCCCACCCCAACUAUGCCUUGCCACCUGCAGAGACCCCCUUAGCCUUAGAACCCUCCUCAGGCCCUGUGCGGGCCAAGUCCACUGCACGGGGGGAGGCGGGGAGUCGGGAUGAGCGACGGGCCCUGGCCAUGAAGAUUCCCUUCCCGACGGACAAGAUUGUCAACUUGCCGGUAGAUGACUUUAAUGAGCUGUUGGCGCGGUACCCACUGACGGAGAGCCAGCUGGCAUUGGUCCGGGACAUCCGACGGCGGGGUAAGAACAAGGUGGCCGCCCAGAACUGUCGCAAGAGAAAGUUGGAGACCAUCGUGCAGUUGGAGCGGGAACUGGAGAGGCUGGGCAGCGAGCGGGAGCGGCUCCUCCGGGCCAGAGGGGAGGCCGACCGGACCCUGGAGGUCAUGCGCCAACAGCUGACAGAGCUGUACUGUGACAUAUUCCAGCACCUGCGGGAUGAAGCCGGCAACAGCUACUCCCCUGAAGAGUAUGCUUUGCAACAGGCCGCUGAUGGGGCCAUCUUCCUGGUGCCCCGGGGGACCAAGAUGGAGGCCACAGACUGAGCUGGCCGAAGGGGUGGGACUGUGAUGGAGAUUUCCUUUAGUCCCUUCCGAUUAAGGUACUCCCCAACCCUGAGGCCCAGAAGGAACUGGGUUCUCUAGACCAGAAGGGGACAGUGAGAACCUGGCGUUUGGAGGGUCCACAGCGUGUUCAGGAAGGCUUGCCUUGAGACAAGCACGUGAGGGGAGGGUUGGAAUCUCUUUGCCGUGAUUCAGCUUCCCGGGGCUGCAACCUCCUCCUCUUGUUUGAGCUUUGAUAUAUAAAGCGCUCUACACUAA